AUUAUUUUGCAUUAUUGAUGAUGAUUGUAAUACAGAACAAGGCGCCAAGUUCUCCAUGGAGGCAGAGGGAGACAGUGGAAGAGCAGGUUUCAGUGGGUGUGUGCUCUUGACCCUGAUGGUCUUCAUCUAUGGCUCUCAUGCCCCGCUGAUCACCACUCACCAAGUCGAUAGUCAGAUCCCUUUUAACUCGUCUUCGUGUGUCGUCAUGAUCGAAUUAACCAAACUCCUGAUUUUUCUUGUGGCACUCACAUUGAAUGGUGGUUUAUCUGCUUUAUUUGCUCCACCUUUAGUCCUGGUGGCAUCCUAGCUUUCUGCCAUACUUUAUGCCUUCAACAACAACCUGGUAGUCCUCAUGCAGGCCUACAUGGAUCCAAGCUCAUUCCAAGUCCUCAGCAACCUGAAAAUUGCUUUCACUGCGCUCCUCUACUCCUCCUGCCUGGGCAAGGAGCUCCGACCAGCACGUUGGUUUGCUCUGGCUGUCCUCAUGGGGGCAGGAGUGUGCCACAGCUACAGCAGCCUGGACUUAGAGGACUCUAAAAAACCUGAAGCUGAAGAAGGUUCCACUUUUCAUAUCACUGUUUGGGGGCUUUUUCUGGUGCUGGUGUACUGCUUUGUUUCAGGGCUGGCAGCAGUUUACACAGAGAAGGCCCUAAAGAGCCACAAGCUUCCGCUCACCCUGCAGAAUCUCUACCUCUACAUGUUUGGAGUAGCCAUCAACGGGCUGUCCUCCAUCUCCACUGUAGCAAGUGAGAAGGAUUUUCUGGAGGGAUUCUCUGGGGUGGUUUGGGUCAUUGUGGCCGGACAAGCAGCUAACGGACUCCUCAUGUCGGUGGUGCUCAAACAUGGCAGUGGGAUCACCAGGUUGUUUGUCAUUUCCUGCUCCAUGCUGGUUAAUGCUUUGCUCUCUUGGGCUGUCUUGGGUCUGCAGCUCACACCGUUUUUCCUACUACCUGUUUCUAUGAUUGCUCUGGCAGCUUACCUUUAUUACAGGUAGUGGAGUUUUGGUCAAAACAAGUUGAACCCAAAGAGCAACUCCAAUUGCAAUCUGCCUAGAUUUUGAGACUAAGCUACAAACAUGACUUGCUUUCGAACAUUUUCAGUUAUUUGGCCUGGAAUGGGGACUCGUGAUAUGUUGGUUCAGUUUGUGUUCACAAUGAAAUAUUCUGAAACUGGAAAUACAAGCCACACAAAUGCAUUGGCCAGAUGUGCUGUUUUUUAUGUUGUAGGGUUUAUUUCAUAGUGACAGUUUCAGGAGCCUCUAAAACUGAUAUCAGCAAUAUUGCUAGAGUUAACCGUAUAGGGCCCCAUAGAUUUUUGCUGUUUUUAAACAUGACAGUGUACUACAGACUGGUGUAAUCACUUCUCUGUUAAGUAGUUCACUGUAUAGGUUAUAAAUACUUUUAUAGGUAUACUUUUUCCCCCAGGUUGUAUAGAAUUCUCAUCAAUGCACAUCUCAUUUUGUAGUGUUAACAGGAAAAUAGUUUUGGUGAUGGCUUUAUAAAUCGUAUGCAUACAAAAGGCCUACUUUCCAUAUCUGCCUGAACAAAGCAUUCAUGUUAUACUGUGCCAGUAUUCUUAUUUAAACAGAUAUAAAAUGACUGCAAAUAAUAGGAGGUUUUGCUUUGCAGCUAUCAGAAUACAAGAUUUCAAAGCUGAAUAUGCAGUAGUUUUACAGAGUUACUGAUGAAAAUUUUGUGUAACCACUCAAUGAUCCCAAUAAGCUGAUGCUUGCCCUGCUAAUUUCACAGAACAUACAUAAUUUGCAGAUGAUAUGAAUCUAAUUUUUGGUCCAUUGGUUUGGUUUGCAUUCUGAUGACAAAUGAAUUGAACCACAUGUGCUUGAACUGGACCAAGCCCCACCUGCUCAGGUGGGCAUUGGUUUAAUGUGUGUCCAGAUCUCCCUCAACAAACUGAACUAUGUGACUAAAUGAGUGGAUUUUGAUCUCCGUGAGUAGAUGGACCUCGGUUUGGUUCCAAGUGGACUGUAGCAACCGUUUGGGAUUUUGUAUCCGUUGAAAGUAUCAGAAACCAAAAUUUUUGUUUUGCAACCAUUUUAAUGCAAAGUAUUUUAUAAUUUUUCUUUCAGGUGUCAACCCUUUUGCUUUUUCUGUUGCUAAUAAACUUGAAUGAAGAUCUGU